CGAGCCCGACCAGGAAGUAAAGUUUGUGCUCUGCCUGCCCGGGCGGGCGGGAGCGCCGACCACCGAGGCCACGGACCCCGCCGAGGCCACCGCCACCGCCACGGCCAGGCUGGUGUCCGGGGACGGCAAGGGGAGCAGCCAAGGCCCUCAACCACCCGGCACCCCGAGGUGCGGGAGGAAGGCCAGGGACCGGUGAGGAUGAGCACCCUGACUCACCGGGGGAGACGCCCAGAGGGGAGCAAGGCAUUGGAAAAGCGGGUGGAAGGAGAAGAGUCCAGGAGCUGGGACCAAGGUCUGGGUGGUGGCGAUGAUACUGACGGCGGUGACUCCAAGGACAUCCGGCUCACCCUCAUGGAGGAGGUGCUGCUCCUGGGCCUGAAGGACAAGGAGGGCUACACGUCCUUCUGGAAUGACUGCAUCUCCUCCGGCCUCCGGGGGGGCAUCCUCAUAGAGCUGGCCUUGCGGGGGCGCAUCCACCUGGAGCCCCCCACCAUGCGGAAAAAAAGGCUCCUGGACAGGAAGGUGCUGCUGAAAUCGGACAGUCCAACAGGAGACGUCUUGCUGGAUGAAACGCUCAAACACAUCAAGGUCACCGAGCCGGCGGAGACCGUCCAGACCUGGAUCGAGCUGCUGACCGGGGAGACCUGGAACCCUUUCAAGCUACAGUACCAGCUGCGGAACGUGCGGGAGCGCCUGGCCAAGAACCUGGUGGAGAAGGGCAUCCUGACCACGGAGAAGCAGAACUUCCUGCUGUUUGACAUGACGACCCACCCGGUGAGCAACGCCACGGAGAAGCAGCGGCUCGUGCGCCGCCUGCAGGACAGCGUGCUGGACCGCUGGGUCAACGACCCGCAGCGCAUGGACCGCCGGACGCUGGCCCUGCUGGUCCUGGCCCACGCGGCCGACGUGCUGGAGGGCGCCCUGGCCUCGCUGGCCGACGACCGCUACGACGUGGCCGCCGCCCGGGCCAAGGGGCUGGUGGAGCUGGACCCCGAGGCCGAGGGCCCCAAGCACGGACCCGCUGAGAUGAUCUGGGCCGUCCUGGCCGCGUUCAAUAAGUCCUAGGGCCCGCACGCCCAUCCCUUCACCCCCUCCGGGGCCAGGCCGAGAGUGGUGGUCGGGGGACGACCAGGGCGGGGGGCCACGCCGGAGAGGGAUGUGUCCCUUGGUCUUUUUGGGAACUGGUUGGUCUUUGUCUUCUUCCUCCUGGACAGUGGGGUGGGGGGGCCCUCGGCCAUGCCCUCUCUGCCCCGUCCAUCCAUCUGUCCGAGGCCCAGCUGACUGAGCCCCUUCCUCACCCCGUUCUUCCUCCCCUUUCCCUGCU